CAUCACAUCGGUUCAGUCAGUCGCCUCUACACACUUACCGCGCGCCAAAGUAUAACAUAUAGUAAACGUUUCCCAUCUGUAAACAUUAUUAUCACGCUUGCGUCCAGAAGGAAGCAACCAGCAAAUGCACAACAUCCAGCAGUACAGCAGCUCGGAAAGUUCGGACGAAAAUGAUGACCCUCAGAACCAACCCUCGGCAAAACUUCCUCCGUCCAAGGAACUGCUGCGAGUUCCGACAACCCCGGGUGCACCAGAGCCAGAAAACGACCCCUCCAAACACCAGGGCAGGGUUCGAUCCUUCGCGCACGAACGCGGCAUCUGGGCCAGCUACGUGUUCAUAGAUUACAAUGAAAUCGAUGCAUUCGAUGAUCUACAGAAGCAACUUAUUGCGAAAGCAUCCAAAGACCUACAGCUGGAUUUGAACCGAGCAGACAAUUUGCAUCUCAGCCUGACGAAAACGUUUGUGUUGAGGCAUCACAACAUUGCAGCGUUCGUUGAAAACGUGCGUUCGGGUGUUAGCGAAACCAGAAGAUUCAGAAUAGCACUGUCCGAUCUCGCCGUUUACACGAACGAAGAGAAUACCCGGACAUUUCUAGCCGUCAAGGUGGCCGACCAAAGUUACGGGCCACUGAGCUCAUUGGUGGCCACGCUGGACACCAGCAUGAAAGAGUACAAACUGCCAACCUUUUAUCAGGAUCCCUCCUUUCACAUCAGUUUUCUGUGGUGCCUUGGAGAUCGACGGAAACUGCUGGAGGACAGCUUGGCUUCGCUUCAGGAAACGUUCGCGGCGCUUUACGAGGAGGAAUACUGUGAUAUGAAUGCUAACGUUAAGCAGUUACAUUUUAAAUGUGGAAAUAAAUAUUACUCGUUUGAUUUGUUGUAAAUUGGGUGUUUUUAUUC